UAGUCAUCAUGAUGACGGUCAGACGCUUCAACUCUCUGCUGCUGCUCGCUCUGCUCACAGUCAGUGGAUCCAGCAGCAGGAAGGUUGUUGGUCGAGCAGGUGAGGACGUCACUCUGCCCUGUAAAUAUGACAUCAAGUAUAACGGACCAACAGCAGUCUGUUGGGGCCGAGGAUCACUACCACUUAGAGGCUGCAACAACCAGAUCAUCUCCACAGACGGAUAUAAAGUGACAACCAGAGCUUCCAGCAGGUAUCAGUUACUGAGACGACUGGAGGAUGGAGAUGUUUCUCUGACGAUCCUGAACACCACAGAGGAAGAUGCUGGACAGUACGGAUGCAGAGUGAAGAUAGCUGGGUUGGGGAAUGAUGAAAAACAUCACAUCGAUCUGACCAUUGAGAAAGCUCCGUCGACCUCAUCAACACCAACCACAGAAACGACUGAACAGACUCCACAGACAGAACAGACGAUAAACACAUCAGGUCAGGUGACCGUUACAACUUCCUCAACCAGCAUCGACCCCGAGAAGCAGCAGCAGGAUAAAGGGAAGAAGACAGAUGUUAUCAUCAUUCUGGUGUGCGUUCUGCUCGUGUUGGUCGGCUUGGUCACAGCAGGCAUCACCGUUAGCAGGAGAAGAUGGAACCAACAUAAAAUCAGAGACUUCAUUAGUCAGCAGGGAGUCUCAGAGUCUCUGAGGCCUCAUGAAGUCUCACCUGGAAACAUCUGA